AUGGUGAACAAGUUCAAAGGGGAAAUGACGCAAGUACUAAAAUCUUCAACUCGAGAGAACGUUAUCGAUAAAGUUGAAUUAAAACAAUAUGUACUCGUAAAUUAUCGAGAACUCACAAAAUGAUUCUCCUAACAUAAAUUUUAUAGAAUGUGGUUUCUUAAGCUUGUUUCACGAAAGGAAAUCUUCUCGUAUCACUGAACUUUUCAUUUAACGUGUAACGAAAUAUUGUUGAAUCUGUCAGGAGAUUAAUGGUGAACAUUUUCUUUGAAAAGUUCCAAAGAAAAAUGGCACAAAGAUCGUUUACUCGAGAGAACGUUAUCGAUAAAGUUAAAUUUCAGUAGAUUGAAACAAAUCACGUUAAAAUUAUUAUAAACUCGUAUUAUUCCACUGAAUUUUCACACUAUACAAUGAAUAAAAUUUUUAAAUUUAUCAGCAGAUUAAUGCAGAACAUGUAAAGAAUUCAAAAGGGAAACGGUGCGAGGAAUAAUUGUGAAACUCGGGAGAGAACGUUAUCGAUGAAGUUAAAUUUUAACAAUAAAUUGGAACAAAUUGUUACGCGUGGAAAGAUUUGACAGUAUAAAACUUGCUAAACUUAUUUUCAUGUCGCAUCAUUUUCUCACAGCGUGUAAUAAAAUUUUAGAAGAAAAUUUUGAAAGGAGAUUAAUGGUCGCUCGCAUUGUUAUUUCCAACAGAGAGUAUUUACAAGGUGCCGGGCGACGAUACCCACUUUUACGGUACUUUCACCACGUCGACGAACGGAUUGAUGGGCUCGGCGAUUUGCUCGUUCCAUAUCGACGCGAUUCAAGAGGCGUUCCGUGGAAAAUUCAAAGAACAGGCGACGAGCAGCAGCGCCUGGCUUCCGGUGCUCUCCAACAAAGUUCCUGAACCGCGACCGGGUCAAUGUGUGAACGACACUGAAACGUUCCCGGACACGGUGCUGAACUUCAUUCGAUCUCAUCCCCUGAUGGACUCGGCCAUAUCGCACGAGAAUGAAAAACCCGUCUUUUAUAAACGCGACGUGAUGCUCACGCGGUUGGUCGUGGAUAAACUACGAAUCGAUUUCGUCGGCAACGAUUUGGAUUACACGGUCUACUAUGCAGGCUCCAGCGAUGGACGUGUACACAAAGUUGUCCAGUGGAUAGACAGUAACGGCGAGUCGCAGUCUAUCCUGUUGGACGUUUUUGACGUGACGCCAGGCGAGCCAAUUCAAGCGAUGGAGAUCUCGAAGGAGCACAAGGCCCUUUACGUUGCCUCCGACCAUCGAAUAAAGCAGAUCGACCUGGUGAUGUGCACCCGUCGAUACGACAAUUGUCUCCGCUGCGUGCACGAUCCUUACUGCGGCUGGGACAAGGACACCAACACGUGCAAACCGUACGAACCUGGGCUUCUCCAAGAUGUGUCAAACAGCACGGCAGACGUUUGCGACAGUAGCGUGGGUAAACGGAAGCUGGUAGUCACCUGGGGCCAGUCGGUGCAUCUCGGUUGCUUCGUGAAGAUGCCGGAAGUGCUGGCGAAUCAGGAAGUCAGGUGGUACCACUACAGCAAGGAGAAAGGCAGGUAUCAGAUAGCCUACAAGUACGGCGCCGGGGGGGACAAGUUCAUCGAGACGUCCGAGAAGGGUCUGGUGAUCGUUGGCGUGAACGAGCAAGAUGCCGGAAGAUACGAUUGUUGGCUCGGUGGUUCGCUCCUUUGCUCGUACAACAUCACUGUGGACGCGCACAGAUGCUCCGCGCCAGCCAAGUCGAACGACUAUCAGAAGAUAUACUCGGAUUGGUGUCACGAGUUCGAGAAAUACAAGUCGGCGAUGAAGAGUUGGGAAAGGAAGCAAGCGGUAAGUCGUGCGAAUAUUCUUUCUUUCACGAGAUGCAAAUGAAAGCAUCUUUCUUCCUUUUCCUUUUCUCUCUAAUCUUUCGUUAUUCUUCGAGGCAAGAAUUCUUUCAUUUUUAUUCAUGGUCUCGCUUCAGGAUCCUUUGCAGAUUCAUUGCGCAAGAAGUACUUGAAUUUAGAUUUAGACCAGAUUUCUUAGUACGCAAAAUUUCCACGCUUUUUAUUGAUCUUGUUGUUCACAAAUUUAACUAUAAGAAUUGUAAUUAAAUAUAUUAUAGUUAUAAGAACAAGGUCGAACAAUUGAAAGCAAGUAAAUGCUAGAACGAUAUGCUGAUACGAUAUGCAACUUAACACUUCUCACGUAUCGAUUUGAAAUAUUAUUGAUGUUUAAAAAAAAAUCACCGUACAAUAAGCAAUCCAGUUCAAGUAAUAACGUUUCGCGUAUCAUUAAUUUUCGAUUAAUUAAUUUAUAAUAUUAAUUUCAAAACAAUAAGAUCCAAGCAAUAACGGUUUGUGUAUUAUUAGUUUUCAUCCAGCUUGAGGGAAAUUGAACACACGAUCUCUCAUUCGCCUGCUUGAGGAUCCGGACGAUUAUGUCUGUUACAGCAAUGCGCAUCGAGGCAAAACGACAGCAAUCAAAAUUUACACACAAACGAGGUAUACGGCACCCCCUUGGUCUGA